UGGAUUGGUAUCCUUUACUGUUUUCGUUGUUGUUGUUGUGACCGACAAACAGUCAAUCGUUCAUUUAUUUAUAUUUGUACUCCGAAAUAAACAGAAGAUUGUUUCAUUUCACUUUGGCGAUGGCGAGUUUGGAUGACAAGUGGAAAGCUGUGGACAAGUUUAAGUCUGUUGUGGUAGAUCGUGAAAGAGAUGUUGUUCGAGUGACAGAAGAACUGUAUGAUCUUCAUAGCAACAGAGAACAACUCAGGGGUGUAACAAGUAGUUGCGACUAUCGCUUGACCAUACCAUUUGCCCCCCAUCUCUUUGGCUCAGGCAAAACGACCUUUGCCCGAACCUAUUUGGAGUUGGUGCAAAG